AUGAUAGUAGAAGAAGAUAAACUACUAUGUGUGUUCAAAAAUAGGUUCUUGAUGCAAAAGAUCCUAUCAUUUGUACACCAUGUCAAUCUUGCUCAACUUCGAUCGAAUCUAAAUCACCUUAUUCUGUAUAAUGAUAAUUGCUUAUCCUCCUCAUCUUCUUCUAUAUCCUCUUCUUCAUUGUCUAUUUCAUCAUCAUCCUCUUCAUCAUCAUCAUCAUCACCUGUAAAUAAUAAUAUAAAUAAUCAUCAUCAUCAUCAUCAUCGUAAUAGUUAUAGUAGAAAUAAUAAUAAUAAUAAUAAUAAUAAUAAUAAUAAUAAUAAUAAUAAUAAUAAUAAUAAUAAUAAUAAUAAUAAUAAUAAUAAUAAUAAUAAUGGUAAACAUAAUCAUAAUCAUAAUCAUAAUAAUAAUAGAUCUUCAAUGUCAUCAGUUGAUUCAUUAUCAUUACAAUUGGUGUCACAUGUUAAACCAUUGUUAUGUUUACCAUGGUGUACAAGAAUGUAUAAACAAAUUAAUAGUGUUGAAUGGAUGCUAAAGAAUCGACACUAUGCAUUGCUAGAGUACAAGUUGUCGCGACAAGAGGCGUUGGUCUAUUCAGACACCUCUCUUAAACUAAUGGCACAACGACUCAAGAAUGACCGUCUCUUUUUACAAGUGUAUCGUAGUAGAAGACUUCAAUUUCAAUACACCUAUAUAGACGUGGAAAAGGAAGCUGCCAACGGACACAACUUUCCAAUUCUCUAUUGUUUUGCUUAUAUUAAUCAUUUGGCCAACUGUUCAAUUUAUGGUAAUAAUAAUAAUAAUAAUAAUAAUAACAAUCCAACAACAAAUAUGAAUAUGAAUAUGAAUAUGGAUCAUCAAAAAGCAGUAGAUACAAUUAUUGACCAAAUUCUAAAUCAUAAUCAACACCAAUAUGUAUUCUUUCCAAAAGAUGACAAAUCAUCAAAAUCAAUAUCAACAUCAAUAUCUAUGAUUAAAGGAUAUACAUAUAAUAGAGUAAGAGCAAAAAUGAUGAUUGGAGAAGCAUGUAAUAGUGUUAGGAAUGGAUCGGUACCGGUUGAUAUUCGAGUACUUUGGUUUAUUAUCAAUGCUAUUCCAAAAGAAGUGUUGGAUGCGGCGAUACUGGGACGUGUGUUGCCCGCGGUCGAGAUUGAAGGGACAGAGCGCCACAAAGCGGUUAUUGGCGGGUUGGUCGAGACACUUGGUAGCAUGGGCGUACCAGACGCGUUGGUCAUGGUCGAUAUGGUGCUGCAUUGGGCGUAUCGUCAGUGGUUUGGUAGUGGUGUCAAGAUACCCGAUGCAUUGUGGUGUCAAAAGAUAGAGGAGAGACAAGAGUGCAAUGCGUGCUUUGUGGGUGCGACUACGCGGUUUUACCGCAUGUUGGCACCCGAGGUGCGCGUCGCGUUGGUGGCACUAGAAGUUGCACUCGAAGCGUAUAAUAUGGGUGUCAUCGACGCCGACCCUUGCAUGAAUGCGCGGUCUCUGUACACUCGUAUUCUAGGUAGUCACGAUAUACGCGCAACCAAGUACUUGAUCGAGCUGCUGUCGCAUUAUGACUCGGCGACAGGUGCGUGUUGUCUAGUCGACUAUAUUGCAGAGGUUGGGACGAUUGCACAGCUCGAGUUGGCUCGACCAGCCGUGCAUAUUGGUGGUACCACCAACGCGAUAGAUAAUGCACGGUCUGCACAGAUUGCCAAAUGGGUGUUUGAAAACCGUACCGAAGGGUAUACUGCCGACGUGUUGCGCAAGGCAGUACAACGUCGCGACACACGUCUCGUAGAGUAUAUCCUCACAAACGUCCCCCUCUCUCAACUCGACGUUGCAGCAUCACUCAGCGUCGCCAUCAAUCUCUUUCACUAUGACAUCUUUGCAUUACUCGCCACCCAUAUCACGGCACAUCAAUUUAAAGAGUAUGUCACCACCGACAUGUCACUCGAAGGGUACCUCUUCUUUUCUCGAUUCCUCCCAGAGAUGAUCAAUCAUCCCUUGGUCGUCUUAUCAAGAGACUCUGAAAGAGUAGUCAGAGGAAUGAAACUAUCACAGCUAUCUUAUACAGAUAAUACCAGCGCAAACUCUUUAGUACAUCUAUUGACCACUACAUUGACUAGUAGCGGUCAUUUAGAAGUAGAAGUUUCAGGAGGAUCAAUCAACAGUGCAGUACAACAUGCAGCCGAUUCAACUACAACUACUACCACAUCUACCAACACAACUGGAGGAGUUACCUUUUCAGAAUCACAAUUGGCAGUAAUCAUGUCAUUUGCAGUGUAUUGUGGAUACAUUGAUACAGUCCAGUUGGUACAUAGUAUUCAUCCAGAUCCAUUCUAUGUAGAGGAGGCAAACGAUAUCUUUGACAAUGCGAUACGAGGUGGAUGUGCCAAGGUGAUGAUACCAUUCCUGACAAACAAUCGAAAUGACAGCUUUUCAAUGAAUGCGUGGAUGGAUGUUGGUCGAUUCGGUGAUGGCGAUCUCUACAAGAUACUCAAUCAACACUCUGAAGUUAAACAAACCUACGAACUAAUGGUAGAAGCACAUGAAUGUGGAAAUAUAAAAUUACUCAAAUAUUUAGAGUCACGAGGAGUAGAAGACUCUUCCAAUUCUCAACACAGCGGCGUUGACCACCACCACCACCCAUUUAUCUAUAUUAGACGUGCCAUUGAAUCUAGUCAAUUUGAUUUGGUAAAAUACUAUAUAGAUCAAUAUAAUCCCGAUCCCGCCGAUAUUAUUGGUCAUCUUGAAAAUAGAUUGAUGGAUCUUCGUGUAGUGGAUGCUCGUAUUUGGAUUCUACUGAUUGAACAUUCCAAAAAAUAUCAAAAAUCAACUAAAUCCUCAAUCACUGUUCAAUCCAAUAGUCUUGCAUCCCUAACUCUUAAUAAUAAUAAUAAUCAUCAAAUACAACCCAAAGGUAGUAGUAAUACGAAAUCUUCCUCUAAUAUUACACCAUCCAAAUAUUUUAAAUCUUUAUAUUAUAAAUUCUUGGGUGGAAAUUAUAAAGAUUAUAAUAGUCAUAAUAAUCAUCAUCAUGGACACCAUAAUCACCAUAAUAUAUCAUCACCAAUAACCAAUGGUAACCAAUCGACAUCACAACCAGCAACUCCUUCAUCUUCUUCCAUUCCCGCUAUUGCAUCUAAAAUAUUAUCAGUUUUUAAAUUAUAA